UGAAAAAGUGCAGGACAUUGUUGGUGGAGUGCGGAUUUGCUGCUGUCGGAGCGUUUUCUGGUACAAUUUGGCUUGAAAACGGGACUUUUCCCUCUGGGGAGCCAGUCCAAUUUCAUCGGGAGGAAGAAAAGCGGAUCAUCGCGAUUGCUGGCUUCUGCCUUGAGGCUGACGGAAGUUUUCCUGAUUUUUCGGGAUUGAUUACAAGUUCGAGUUGGGUGGAUUGUGAAAAAAAAGUGAAUUUCGGAGGUGAAAAUUUGUUGGGUUAAGUUUUUUUUUUUGCCAGCACGCGAAAAUUGAGGAAAAUUACGAGACUUCCCUCGCGCAGACCACACUGUUGGCCAUGGCACGCUUCGCUUUGUUGCUAAGGAGAAUUUCUAGCUGUCAUAAGAGGCUUCGUAUUAGGAAAAUUAAUCAAAGUUGAAGUUCCCUCGAAAAUCUCCAUAGAAAGUUAGUGGAAGUGGAAGAGACCAUAAAGAAAGAAGACCAGUUGGACAUUUGCUAAUUUUUCUUGAGCGCUGGCGUCUUGACGGCAAAAGUUGGAAGACACAGUUUCUGGAUAAGUCAAGCCAAAGGAAGCGGUGAAGGCCAGGUGGGAAUUGUCCCUCUGGGUAUGAGCACUCCGGAUAGCGGAGAUAAAUCUGGUUCCGGAACAGGGACAACGAAAAUGCAAUCAUCAACGGGAUCGUCUGCUGGCGGCGGCGGCGCUGGCGGAGCAGGAGGCAACGCAGGCGGUAGUCUGCCGGGAUCUGGUGGAUCCGGAGGGCCAGCCACAGCCUAUCCGAUCGAUUUGGCAUCGGCAUCCAAGGUUUUGGUCCGGCCAACCGAGAAAACAAAUAUGCCAACGACGUACAGAAUCAACAACUCGGCCGGCAAUCAGAUGCGUGUGGUGAUACCGAGCAAUGCAGCGCAGACGUUCUAUCGACACUCGAUCAACUUGAAACCAGAUCCAUCGGCCAACCGCACGCAAAUAACAGCUCUUCCGGCCCGGACCGUAACGCAGACAUCGAUCACAGUUUCACGCCCACAGACACCGGCAACGUAUAAUGUUCCUUCACGGGUUCCCACAACGGUAGCAAGCAUUCAAGCACCCAGAGCCGCUCUGACCACUCCCAUCCGGAUUCCAACGCCUCCGAUCAGUGUGGCUAACAUAAAUACCUUUGUGCGUCAGUCGGUUCCUUCGCGUACUUCCUCUCCAUCUACUGCCAUCAUUUCGCAAGGAACAUCGGCCUGGAUGCCAAACGUUCAAGUGCAAGUUCCCACACAGUUGAUACGGACAGGAAGCAUCACCCAAGCUCCUAGGGCACGGGUCGUAGCACAAACUAUUCCGGCCAAUCAAUCAUCGGCCAAUGUGAACAGCGCAACAAUCACGGCCAACGUGGUAGCUCAUCCGACAUCGACCCAAGCCAGUCAGCAGAAUGUGUCCCUCAGUGGAACGAACCCAUCGCAAGCAUUUGUGGCAACAUUGGCAACUGCAGUACUUCCGCCGCAAAGGCAAAUCACUUCAACCCUUGUCUAUACUAACAACAACUCGCAGCAACCUUACUCUACCGGCACUAAUCCCCAGCGGCUAACACUGGCCACCACGCUUUCUCCCCAGCGACCGACCGGGGUGCGACCCAUCCAACGUCUCCCCACGUCGAAUCUGGGUGUCCGUGUUACGGCCGGAAGCAUCAGUAUCCGUACUCCAAGCGUACCAGUUCUGGCUCCUACCACUGUACUAACCACAAUAGCAUCCGGAACGGCCGGAACUCAGAACCGAAACUCCGUUUCUACUGCGAACAUCUCGAAUACUAUCCCAGCUCGCAUCAUCCAGGUACAGAACCCGCAAAGCGGGCAAAUCAUCAGCGGAGGCCGACUUCCCACCAAUUUGGUGAACAUUCAACCUCUGAUCGUCAGCAAUAACCGUAUUCCCCACAGUAACAUCCAGCCUAGUUUAACGAUUGCGCAGGUGAGUAAACUGGCUUCAGUUGCCACUCCGUUGUCCAACAGUUCCGGCUCGACAUCUACCGGUCAGGAUGUGGGAAGUGGCGGAGGCACAACAACCCUCCAAACCGCCUCUGGACAACAAAUCGUUGUGAGCUCCGGGCAAGCCAGUGCAGGAUCGACUGCCACCAUUAUCACCGGUAACUUGAUAUCUGGUCAAUCAGGAAGCGGUGGUAUCCAAUCGCAAUCCCAAGGACAAAUCGCCCAAAUCGUAAAUGUAAAUUCUGGCACGGUGGGUUCCGGUUUGUCCGGUCAGGGACCACAGAUUGUAACCGUUAGCCAGGGGCAAGUAAUUGGAGGUCCCCAGACCAUAUCGGUGUCCAACUCUGGUGGUUCCGGAUCGACCACGGUCAUUCCAAUUCCCUUAGCUAUCACGGGAGGAAGAAACACAACAACCAUUCCGGUGUCGGUUGCCACUUUAUCCGGUGGACAGAAUCCGAUAAGCAUCGUUUCCGGCGGAAGUACGAUCACAGGAAUCGUAAGAAGCACCACUAGUGGUGCUGGAUCAGGACUUGGGACCUCUACGAUGCCAUCGAUUUUACCGAUUGCAAAAGUUACGCCGCAACAGCUGAGUAGCUUGAGCACAAUUGAAGCCGUUAGCAGUUCGGCCCCGUACUCAGUUUCCGGCACUGGUGCCUCCUUGUACAUUCAAACGAGGCCACAGCAACCGAGCGCCAUCGUUACGACAGUGGCCAGCUCUGGAAAGUCCAGUUCGUUGAAUGUUGUUUCCGGAACAAGUUCCGGAUCGACCGCAACGAUUUUCCCGACGUCUACUUUGUACUUUGAACGGGUGACGGCUUCACCAGCUUCAUCCAGUCAACCGGUUACAACAUCCGGAUCCGGAGCGAUAGCCCUGGUACAGAGUGCUUCCUCUUUGACAUCUACGACGAUCACAACAACGAGCGCUAUCAGUGGCCCAGUCUUCUCGAUAUCUUCCAGCGCGCUGAGCAGUGGUUCUACACCCACCGGAAGCGGUUCCGGAACAAUAGUAUCCGGCGGAGUAUCCAGCGGCCAGUUAGGCUCAUCUAAUGUUAUCACUACAACCGUGCCACCGUUGCCAUACUCGUCUUCGAGCGGUUCGUUUGCAAUCGUCCAGGCUUCCGGGCGGAACAUAUCCGGCCCGAUUCAUGGCAUUGUGUCAUCAUCUACCGCUUCCGCUCAAUCGGCAGGACAGUUCCAGUCGCAAUCCCAGCAACCUCAGUCGCAGCAGACGACAACGCAAAUUCAAGCCGUGCCAGUGCGAUUCCAUCCGCAGUUGCUGGUUGAUGGCGGCCAGGCGCAGCAAAUCAUCAUGACCGGAUCUUCGGCGGCCUCCGGGCAGUCUCAACAGCAACAACCGUCGCACAUGCUUAUUCCGGUUAACCCCGGUGGCAAAAUAGAAUCCCCUCAGUCUAGCAUUCUGCGCAAACGUGGUGGAUCUCCCAUAAAGGCCGGCAAAGAUCUCACUCAAACUCUGAUCGCCAUGGGCAAAGAACGAGCUCGGGAUCGGGAAAUGGAACGAGAGCGGGAACGCGAAUUGUCUCCACCCUCACGCCCUGCAUCAACGGAUGGCUCUACAACAGUGAGUGCCACAUCCAGCCCGGGAGCCGACCAGCAAGAGCAGGAGGAAAUUAAAGCGAUGGCAUUUGCCAACCGAAACGCGAACAGCGAUUUGCCCUUCAAACCCGUCCACGAGGAGAUCUUCCUUCACGGACAGCAGCAGCCAUCAGCCUCGAAUCAAGAUUCUCAACAACUCGGUCAUCCAUUCCAUCAUGGAUCGUUACCGCAUCAAACGUCCAUGGCCGCCGGAAGCAGCAACGGAAACUACGAACAAUCACCACGUAAGAAACCACGCAAGCAGAACGUUUCCGAGGGACAAAAAUCCGUGGCUAACAGUUUGCAGUUCUACGCCAACAACGAAUUGGACAAUACCUACCACCGAAUGGAUACCACUGGAGCGCAGAAUUUGGCUACGGCUGCAGCAACCGUUACGGCGGCGGCAGCCAUUGUGGAAAGCAUCGCAGCUCAGCAACUACUCCAUUCGAAGCAAGGUGGCAGUGGUCUUGUCGUUACGGAUUCUAACAAUCUUACCAGCAAAGCUGUUGGAACUUCUGGUAAACAUGACGCAUCGCAACAGAACCAAGGUGCAUCGGGCAUUGCUAGAGAUGGUGCGGUGGUGCCGGCGAAGGAUGUCCCUGCGACGUCAAUUGCCAACUCUCGAAAACCCCGGAACGUCAGCUUAUUGGAGUCAUACAAGCAAAGCUGGAAGGCGGCCAACAAUCACUUCCAGCGCUACACGGACGUGAAACAACGGGAGGAACGGCGUCCCACCAUCGUGGACAUUGCCAACCAAUCGCACGUACUGCAGAAGGUCAACGGCUGGAAGAUUUACCAUCUCAGUGCGCAGAUUGAAGAUUUGUGUGAACUGGAAUCUCAAGCGUACGACAAGCUGGAUCAGAUGCUGAAAACGAUGGAAGCAACGCCGAAACCGUCGGCUGAAAUCGAACGUAUCAACGAGUUGCUCAAGGGCAACAUGCAGCGCAGCAAGAUCAUCAUCGACGGCAUCAACGAGGCGCGGACGCAAAUCAUGAAAAUCUUCGACCACAAGACGCACGUUUCGGACAUCAUCCAGCGGUGCGCCUCGAAGCGGAACUUCAAGAAGCGGGAGAAAAGCUAAGCGCGCCCACGUGGCCCACUUCGCAGCAAGUUUGUGAGUUUGUAUAUAAAUCGAUCGAUGCUUUUCGCUCCAUUGUACAUUAUUUCCGAAUUUCCGGUUUGGAACUCUUAAUUGAUAAGUAAAAAUUGUGACCGGUAGACCCGUUUCUAUGCCGUAGUAUUUUGAUCAACCUGUGUACAUUCUUCGGAGAUCGUGUGUGCGCAAGCCCGGGAGCGGCUGAACGGUAGAUUUUAGAAAACCUAGGAUUUAAAUGACUCUACAAAAUGGUGGUAUUACACCAUGUUUUGAAAAUUGUUUUAAAACAUCAUUUAGCUUUUAGGUCUACAGGUUGUUCGAAGCUUUUUCAGAGCUAUUAUUCUUAGUUUGGUAAACGGGGAUGGCCUUUGCUAUGUUGGGGAAAAAGGGGGUUGCAACUUUGCGUACUAGAAACCACUAGAUGUUAAGUUCUUAUAGUAUUUUCAAUGGUUUUACGUGCAAUAAUAAGCUUUAUUAGUGGCACGGGACGCGAAGAAAGAGAAAAUGAAGAAAAUCGAAAAAAGUAAACCCUGUUGGUGAAAAUCAGAAGUUGCGCCCACGUUGAUUUAGAUUUCCCGAGGCAUCCCUCUAUUGUGUUUAGGAAAAUAUUUUAAAAUAUGUUUAGCUAUAGUAAACUGAUUUAUUUUGUAAUAGUGUCAUAACAGAUUGAACUUUAUUAGCUAUUAAAGUGCAUGGUCUAUGUCUUGAAUAAGAAUGAAGAAUUUCAGUUUGUUAUUACCUCUAUGAAGUAAGAUAAAUUUUCUAUUUCAUUAAAAACUCCUUUAACGAUAACUUAACAUCCGCAAAACUCAAGAGAACAGAAAGCAUAUAAAAUAAGACAUGAUUUUAAAAUGCUGAUGCAAUUUGAGUUCAAACGCAAAUGAACAUAUACUUACAAACUAUUAUAAAAGCAAGUGCGAAAGUCUUGGUUCUUAGUGAUCCCAGCAGAACAGAUAAAUGAGUGACUACGAACGGGGAUUACUACUUCUCAAUUUUACAUUUACGAAGCAAAUGUGUGUUACUAAAUAGCAGUUAUUUCGUGAAAGAUUAAACGAUAAUUAGUA